CCACAACAUUCGCUCCUCUCCACACACAACCACCAUGUCAAACCACGGCAACACGCUCGACGCGAACCCGUUCAACGACCCCAAUCCCUUCCAGCACGGCAACGAGAGCGCGUACUCGCUCGACGGCGUGGGCGGGGCGUCGUCAUCGCAGCCCCGCGGCGGUGUCGAGAACAUCCAGGCGUAUGUGGCAGACCACGACCGGCGCGCGCAGGAGCUCGAGGCUAAGCAGCGCGAGCUGGAGCGGCGCGAGGCCGAGCUCGCACAGCGAGAGGCGGACGUCGCGCAGUACAAGCCCAACUGGCCCCCGUUCGUGCCCAUCCUCGUGCACGACAUCAAGCUCGUGCCGCAGGAGCAGCAGAAGAACGCCCGCCUUAUGUACUUUUACUGGCUUGCGCUGCUCGUGACCCUCAUCGUAAACUUUGUUGGGUGCAUCCCCCUCGGCAUCUCGUCAAUCGGCGCCGGCGCGGGAUACCUCCUCUUCAUCUCGAUUCUCAGCUUCAUCCUCUGGUACUACCCGAUCUACACCGGCUGGCGGCGGCUGCACAAGCGCGGUGCCGCGAUUCUUUUCUACACCUACUUCAUUUUCGGCGGCUUCCACCUCCUUUUCGCACUGUACAUGUGCAUCGGCGCGCCGUACACGGGCUCGGCUGGCCUGUUCAACACAAUUACUAGCUUGAUCAGCGGCGAUCUCUUUGCGGGCAUCGUCGGCAUCUUCGCUAGCGUCGGCUGGAUUGUCCAGCUCAUCGGCGGCGUCGUCCUCUACAAGCUCGUCUGGAACUACAAGAACCACAGCACCGAGAUCAACUGGGCCAGCGCCAAGAGCGAGUUUGCCGGCCUCAAGACCAUCUUCAAGCUGUUCCGUGCGAGCAACUAAGCGGCCAGGCUACGUCCCGUGCAGCUUUAAAGCGCGAGAUGGCGUCAGCAGAGCGCAGUAGCAACGUGUAACGAAAGGGCCGAGUGGUAUUAAUCCUACUACUCCUCGGUAAACGUCCACCCAAGCCCCCAGCCUAGAAUCCCAGCAUCCACUGUAUCGCUCGAGGCCUGUGUACGAAUGCAAUGCAGAUAUAGUUUUGGCCGUGGCUGUGUGGUGCGCAGCGCAGAUGUGCGACGAGGUGUCCCGUGGGCUGCAUCUCUAGGUUUGGGUGCAGCCCAAAAUACGCAAGGGCAAGCCGAAUCCUACCCAUUAUCCAGUCCCACGUCAAACGUCAAUGGCAUGCAUUACGCCGU